AUUGCUUAUCCUCCACAGGGUCGCAGGGAGUUUGGAGCCUAUGCCAGGGCACAAGGCAUUGGACACCCUAGACAAGAUGCCAACCCUUCACAAGGUAUAAUUACUUUCACAACCAUACUCACAAUUUAAAGAAGCCAAUCAGCCUACAGCAUGUCUUUGGAAUGAGGAAGGAAAACAACUCUGAAAACAACCUGGAGGAGACCCCCAAAAUACAAAGAAAAAACGCUAACUCCACACACACUAAGUUCCACAAACUUAACCCCCAGGCAACCCUGAGGCAAAUGUGCUAAACACUAGGCCACCUGAGCAUGUGCAACUAUAACUAUAUGUGCAACAUUGUAAGUAGUGGAUCAUGCAGUCUGAAUGCAUUUCCACUAGCUGUUAGCAUACAGUGCAGCAAAUCAGUGAUGCUUUUUUUUUUUGCAUUAAUGAAUUACGUUUGAUAUUGAGAAAGGCUACAGAUGAACAGGAAAUUUGGAUUUCUUGACCUUUUUGUUCUUAUAGUCUGGUAUCUCCGAAGGAACUGGUUAAAAAAAAAACUAAAGCCAUGAAAGAAGUGGUUGAAUUAAUGACUUCUUAUUGCCAGAGUCCAUGGUACUACUGAGAUUUUAACAUGUGAUUUCAGUGAAGAUUAAUCAGCUCUCCUUGCUGUUAACAUCGCACAUAACUGUCUCAUUCCUGCUCUUUUCCUCUCAUCACUUUACAAAAGGUUUAGGAUUACCAUGGUAGGACUGGGCUCAUGGAUUUAGAGUCAAUCAUUAAACACACAUACACAUACACACACAAGUACCACAGUGUCCCAGGGCAGCAGGAGUGGGAGUCAGUAGGGAUUCCAUCCUGGAGGAAUCAGGUGCUGUUUGUCACCUGGGUAACCAUGUCUCCAUGGACAUCACAAGCAGUUCAUCGGCCUGUCUGUGCCAAGUCAAGCUGAUCUGAAGUCAGUAGAUAUGACGUCAGUGGGCUUAGACAGAGACACUUGGAGUCUGAAUCAAACACGUAGCUGCAAAUACAGUGGUCGUCCUUUUGUGGCUGAGAACAACGGUUGCCAUUAAACAUUACAGAUGACUAACCUGAGCACAGAUCAACAUGCUGUCCAGUCAGUGUGGUGUGAAUCAGAUGAGAACUACAAGCAAUGCCUGCAUAGUUUGUUUGGGAAAUCGAUUGCUGAGUAUUUCCUCAGCUCCUCGUACCUGCCCAGCAACAAUCCUGGCUGGUACACAGAGAUAACAGACAACAUGACAGGUCAGAUAAGUGCCGAGGCAUUAUGGGACACACUAAGACAACGCUCUACAAAGGUUCUGGAGGAAAUGGAGACUGAAACUUCUCAGCAGGUUGAGAGAAUGAUAGGUGACUGGAAUUUGCUAAAAAGACAGGACCAUUUGCAACGACUUUCAGGGCUGAGGUUUAUGUAUCGCAAUGCUCAACAUAACCAGGCCUACUCCAUGCUCCUGCUGCAGCAGAGACUACAGUCUCCCCUCUGUAACCUCGAUACAACCGAAGGACCCAGUCAAUAUCUAACAGAAGAGAACACAUUAAUGAAACAAUAAGGGGAGGAGCUUUCUGUUUAGUGUGUACACCCAGAAGAGCUAUUCAUGCAAUUCAUGCAAUUCUGAAUGUCAAUUCUACAUAGUGGUGUGUAAUUGUAUUACUUUUUGUAUUACAAUAUAUUAAAA